AUGCCGAAGCCGUCUCGAGAUCCUGGUUCAUGCGCGAAUGGAACGAUUCCAGAAGACAGAAAAGGCGGCUAUGAACGAUUCUACAAGGCUUUGACAGCGCAAUGGGUGGCCAAUGAAAAGCUCUGGAGAGUCAGAAGUCAGGUUUGGCCGAAUGCCCAAGAAUUUGACGACGCAUUUGACUCUACCUUGAGACAGUGGACAAAUAACCCGGCCAGGCCCAUCAAAGAGAAAUUAGAUAUCGUUGAGAUAGUCGACUUCAUAUGGGGGUUUGCUGGACGAAAAACUUUCCAUGUCGCUGAUAUCCACUCUUGGCUGGAAGGUGAAGACGAUCUGGUCAGAGACCAAUAUAUCGACCAGAACGAAAGUGAAGUUGGGGAUUGGGGCUUCUUUGUACGAAGCGUUAUCCAAUUCCUGAGGCCUCCGCAAAUUAUCCAAUUGGUUCUUUCCUCUUGGUAUCCAUCGAGUUGGAACUACGAUCGAUCGGGAUUUCUUCGACAUCUAGGGUUUUUUGACACCUGGGACGGUGUACUCGUGAAUAAUCAAGACUCUCCAAUGUCCGACAACUGGGUUCCCUUGGACAUAGUGGACGAUGAUGUGGGGAAUUCCUUUGCGCACAUGGACAAUGCUAAGGAGGUUGGGAGGAAAUGGGAGAAGUAUAGGGAAGUUCUGUGGCCAAAGGAGAGAAAGGGAAAGUUGUUUCUUCAAACUAUGGCCGAGCGAGAGAUUUUGCGUAAAAUUUCGGAUAGCUCUGAGUUUGAUGAGGCAGAAACCACACCGGAAACACAAUCUUCUUCCGUUUGCUCACCUUAA